AUUGAUAAUUUGCGAUCGCUGAGUGACGAUAGCGGAGGCUAUGGAUGACUGUGUGACUAAUGCAUGUUCGAAUAAAAAAAAAAUAUGUCUACUGUUACUAAAAAUGACCAACACUCAGUGGUGCCCACAUGGGUGCAAGCGAAACUCUUCGAGAGUGUGCUCAAGAAGGAAGUGGACGAUUACAAGCAAAUAAAAGAGUUCAAAGUUUCCCCAGCUUGUGCGCCGGGCGAGAAUUACUCAACAGUAAUGUUGAGAAUUGAAAUAACCGUAGAAAAGCAGGACGGCGCAUCGAAGGCGUUGUCUUUUAUGCUUAAAGUGCCCCAUAAUCAUGAGUUCAUGAAGGAAAUGCGUAAAAAGUUUAAUGUAUUUGAAGUUGAAGAUUUCAUGUAUCGUCAAGUUAUGCCAGAAUUGGAGCAACUGUAUAUCGAUAAUGGGCUCGCUGUGAAAUUCAGUCCCAGAAGUUAUCAAUUGCCAACAAACCACGAUUACAUAAUGUUGGAGGAUUUGCGUGUGCGUAAUUUCAAAAAUGUUAAUCGUCUUGCGGGCCUCGAUAGGGUGCAUGUAAAAGCAGUUCUGUUAACAUUGGCGCAAUAUCAUGCGGCCAGCGCUAAGCGUAUUGCUUGUCAAGGAAAUUAUCCGAGCAAAUACAUCAGCGGUUUCUUGACCGAAUUGCAUCGUCCUAUGUUGGAAGGUAUAUACAGGGAUACAUGUGCAGUGUGGUUGGAGUGCGUCGCUGAAUAUAAGGGUCACGAGACUUAUAUAGAAGAUGUGAAAAAUUAUCACAAUGUUGUCGUCGGUGAGUUUUUCAAACUAACUAAUGUCGAUGACAGCGAGUUUAACGUGCUAAAUCAUGGGGACUGCUGCAUCACUAAUAUUAUGUUUCAAUAUGACGAGGCGGGCAAACUAUGUGAAACCUAUUUGGUGGACAAUCAACUUCCACUAUAUGGCACACCAGCUUUUGAUCUAAUCUAUUUUAUAUUCUCUUCGGCGCAAAAAGAAAUUAAAAUACAAUACUUCGAUGAUUUUAUUAAAUUUUAUCAUGACAAAUUAAUUGAACAUUUGAAGUUAUUGAAGUACCCAAAAACGCUGCCAACUCUGAAGGAGAUACAUAUGGCGCUGAUAAAGUACGGCGGUUGUGUAGGUUAUACUUCCGUAGUCAACGUAAUGGGUGCUGUCUUAUUGCCGCCCAGCGAUGAUGCACACUAUUCGAAAUUCGUGGCUGCUGGAGAUGAAGCUCACCGCUUUAGAAAGCUAAUGUACUUGAAUGAAAAAUUUCGAAAAAAUGCAGAAGAAUUGCUGCCUUGGCUGCACAAUCGUGGCGCUUUGGAGUUGAACUGAUCAGAAAAGCAAUCAAAGUUAUGAAAAUAAGGAAUAUUGACACUUUUUCUGGUUUGGUUUCUUUAAUAUCAUAACAAAAUAAUUUUCUGUACACAAUGAAACAAUUAAAAAAUCUUGAUAAUUAAAUUUGUAAAUAUUAAGGGGACUAAAAAUACAGUAUUCUUUCAAAAUGCAUUAAGAUUAUAAAUAUA